UUUGUUAUGAAAAUGUAAAAGGAGGGAAAGCAUUAGCAGCAGUGGAACAGUGUUAGUGUGUGUUAUCAGGAACUCGUGUAUCUGUGGGGAACCAUGUCGCGGAGUGAUGUCGCGGAGUGAUGUCGCGGAGUGAUGUCGCGGAGUGAUCCUUUUUGAUGCCAUGGAGAUGUUCUGAUUCUGAUUCUAUACCAAAACAUGUUUCUCUCUCUCUCUCUCUCUCACACACACACACACACACACACACACACACACACACACACUACUGCGAGUUUAUAAGUUUGCAUAAAUGAAAGAAGAUAAAAGGACGAUCAGUAAUUUAUCAUUUUAAUUGAUCAGAGAUGGAGGCUCUGGAGAAGGAAAGAGAUGAAAUGAGAACAUUUCAGGUUGAUAAAGACAGCUUGGUGCUCCAGCUUGAGGAAGAGAGAAGAAACAUGGAGAAGGAGAAAGAGAGAUUCGAGCUCCAGCUGAGAGACAGUGACGCCAGAGAAGCUCAGAUGAGAGAAGAGAUGGAGGCUCUGGAGAAGGAAAUGGAUGAAAUGAGGAGAACAUUUCAGGCUGAUAAGGACAGUUUGGUGCUCCAGCUUGAGGAAGAGAGAAGAAACAUGGAGAAGGAGAAAGAGCGAUGGGACAAAAUGGAGAGCAGGCAGCAGAUAGUUAAAGGUGGCUGGAAAAAACAUUGUGAUGUAUUGGUGCAAAUGAUUGUUGAAAAGGAAGAAAUGCUGGAGGAGAUAACAGUAGAGGUGGAAGCCCUGAGAGGAACCGUGAGAGAACUUAAGCAAAAAGCAAGGGAUAUGGAUCCUGAGAUGAUGGAGGAGCUCAAGGAAGUCGAUAAAAGGCUGAAGAACUUUGGUCCAAAGUGGUUCCAGAAGCUCAGGAAGAAGAAGAACAUGAAGAAAAGACAGUACCUGGAGAAAGAGAGAGAGAGACUUGAGCUCCAGCUGAGAGACAGCAAAGCCAGAGAAGCUCGGUCCACAGAAGUGAUUAAUAUUAUGAUGAAGGAAAGGCUUAAGAUGAAGAGACAGUUAGCGAUUCAUGGCUUGUUGACAGACAUAUUUCAGAGAAGGUCUAAAAGGGAAAAUGACGAACAGCAAGAGAGAUUGGAUCUCGAGCUGAGAGAAAGCAUGGCCAGAGAAGAUAGCACAACGGACAUGAUUAAUGCUCUGGUGAAGGAAAGGGUUGAAAUGAUGAAAAGGUUUCAGGAAGAAAAGGAGAGCAUGGCACUCAAGCUUAAGACCGAGAGGGAGAACAUGGAGAAGGAGAAAAAUCAAGAGAGAUUCAAGCUCCUGAAGAGAGAGAGAGAGGCCAUGGAAGAGCUCAUGGUGGAAAAAAUGAAUGAACUGAGGACACAGUUUCAGGCUGAAAAGGAAAGGAUGGAGAAGAAGAUUCUGGAGAAGGACAAAAUGCUGGAGAUAACAGAAGAGAUGGAGGACUCUGCAGAAAUGAAGGAGGGACUCAAUAAAGUUGAUAAGAAGCUGAAACACUCUCCCCUACAGUGUUUCCAGAAUCUCUGGAAGAAGAAGAACAUCAAGGGGAGACAGCAGAUGGAGAAAGAGCAAAAGAGACUCGAGCUCCAGUGGAGAGAGAGCGAGACCAGAGAAGUUCAGAUGAGAGAAGAGGCUCUGGUGGAGGAAAGAUUUCAGCCUCAAAAGGAGAAGAUGGUGCUGGAGUUUGAGAAGGAGAGGGAGAACAUGGAGAAGGACCUGCAUCAGGUUCUGGUGACAGUGGUAAUCUGAAAAAACGAGGAAGGUGAGGAGAGAAAAAUCUGUGAAACGCCAAAAGAUUUACAUUUUGGGUCGAGUUCAGAGUCGCUUCAGUUCAGAAGAUACGCGAGUAGAUGCAGUAGAUUUAGACUCGUGCUGUUCAGGUGUUUAACUGGAUUUUCUGAGCAGAACAUUUAUUGAAGCGACCCGUGUAUAGCUCACAGCUCUGUGGUGUUUAAAUGACUCCAUUAACAGAGAGCGUGAGGACGGCUGACCUGAGCACACAGCAGCAUCAGCAAGUUCGGCCAUUAAGAGAGAGAGAGUGGAAUGAUGUGGACUUGCGUACACACACGAAGGUACUCACGGGCUGCGAGUGGUGAUACGCAGGAAUGACCUGCAAAAGCAGGUAAGGCAACUUUAAUGAAAGUCUGUGCAACAAAUCCAAAGACGUGAGGCAGAGGCAAAAAAGAAGAAACAGACGAUCCACAAACAGGAUAUCAGAAAGAGACAAAAUACGUAAUCAGUAAACAAAGUCAAAGUCAGAACCAGUAUAAAUCAGGAGGCAAAAUACAAUGUCUGGGUAAUGUCAGAGACACCAAGGAAUUGAGUGUUUACUUCACAAAGAGCUGGCAGUACAACGCCUCUAUAUGAAGAGGUGUGUGUGUGUAAUUGGGAUCAGGUUUGCCUGAUCAGAAGUCUGAUGAUUGCGAAUGAGGUAGUGUACCUUGGCUUGGGCACAGGCAGUACAGGAAGAUACGCCUCGGUGCAUGUCGGAAAACAUGUCCAGCCACCAUCUGUUUUUUUUGUUGUCAUUUAAAUUGUAUCUACACAUCGCCUGUCAUUUUUUGUUUGUCGUUUAAAACGUAUCUCCAUGUCAUCUGUUGGUCUACACUUCGAUCAUGAGUGAAUUUAAUAUGAUUGCUCACUCUCAACCAAUCCCCUUUCUUCUGGAAACCUCAAUCAUAUUUAAAGUUAUUAUAGAAAUUACUGUAUUUUUCUUUCAUUACUAAAUAAAAAAAACUUUAAAAAAUAAAAUAAAUAAAUAAAAUAAAUAAAUGGUGAGGGUGCACGGUGGCUUAGUGGUUAGCACGUUCGCCUCACACCUCCAGGGUCCGCCGGGGCCAUGUGUCCCUGUGCUGCGGGGGUUUUCUCCGGGUACUCCGGUUUCCUCCCCCAGUCCAAACACAUGCAUGGUAGGCUGAUUGGCGUGUCUAAAGUGUCCAUAGUGUAUGAAUAGGUGUGUGAGUGUGUGUGUGUGUGUGAUUGUGCCCUGUGAUGGAAUGUCACCAUGUCCAGGGUGUACCCCGCCUUGUGCCCCAUGCUCCCUGUGAUUGGCUCCAAGUUCCCCGCAACCCUGAAGAAGGAGUAAGCGGUAGAAGAUGGAUGGAUGGACUGUCUCAUUACACUGUCUCAUUCACGCAUUCACACACACUCACACACACCAAUGGUAGCAGAGCUGCAUACAAGGCGCUAACUUCUGUGGCGACAGGCCGGAAGCCGGCGCACAGGAAACAAAGAAGAGACAGCUCCGCUUCAGCGCCACCAAAUGUUUUGGACGGCCAGAGAGCACGUGGCUUCUGGGCGGGGCCGCCGACACACCCACGGCUCGUGAAUGGUGCUCCGUGCGGAGGAAUUCCACCAUCCAGCAAGCGGGGAGGGUAUAAAAGGGCGAUACUCCACUCGCACAGGAAGAGAAGUAUCUCGAAAAGAGAAGUAUCUCUGGUGUGUUUUGGGUAGUUUCGCUGAUGCACGUCUGCUACCCGCUGCUGUGUGUUUUUUUUCUUCUGAUUUCAGGCGACUCCGACGCGAGUGACGGCUCCGUCCCGCCCCCUCGGCUGUAAUCGCCGACGGCUGAGACUCUCACCGCCUGAUCGCCCUUCAACCCACACACUCACGCGCACACCGAGUGACUUGAAUAAAAUCGCCUAUAACCCGGAAACAGCCUCCUGUGUGUCUGCUCCGCCCACCGCUGGAUAAAAUCACUACACUUGCCAUCGGGAGCAACUUGGGGGUCAGUGUCUCGCCCAAGCACACUUCGGCAUGUGGGUUCACGUGGGCCGGGAAUCGAACCGCCAACCCUACGAUUAGUGGACGACCCACUCUACCACCCGAACCACCCCAUGACCAUAUGAUCUGUUAACAGACAUGAGGACAUAUAACAGUAUACACAGUCAGUGAACAAGUAGCAACAGUUUAAUUAGUGCUUAUUUAACAUUACAGUAGCUUCCCUCCUGAUAAUGUUAUGGAUCAGAAGAUACACGAACAUUAUUUCUGUGUUUAAAUAA